CCCUCAAAUAAAAACGGCGGCCAACUUCCGAGGCGCCCUCAUUGCCCAGCCAGACCCCAGCCUCCGACAGGUUCGGGCCGCCCUCCUUGCCCCGUCCUCGCCAGUUCCCCAGCCCAGCGCGCCGGGACGCUCCAGCGCCGCUCGCUCACUCGCUCGCUCUCCUCGGUCCGCUCCGCUCCGCUCCGACACCAUGGACAAGUUCGGGUGGUGCGCCGUGUGGGGACUCUGCCUCUUGCCGCUGAGCCUGGCGCAGAGGAUCGAUUUGAAUGUAACCUGCCGGUACGCAGGCGUAUUCCAUGUGGAGAAAAACGGUCGCUACAGCAUCUCACGGACUGAGGCAGCUGACCUCUGCAAGGCUUUCGAUUGCACCCUGCCCACCAUGGCCCAGAUGCAGAAAGCCCUGGAUGUGGGGUUUGAGACCUGCAGGUACGGGUUCAUAGAAGGGCACGUGGUGAUCCCCCGCAUCCACCCCAACGCCAUCUGUGCCGCAAACAACACAGGGGUGUACAUCCUCCCCUCCAACACCUCCCAGUACGACACGUACUGCUUCAAUGCUUCAGCACCAGAGAAAGAAGAUUGUGCCCCAAUCACAAAUCUGACCAAUGCCUUUGAUGGACCAAUAUCCAUAACUAUUGUUAACCGGGAUGGUACUCGCUACACCCAGAAGGGCGAAUACAGAACUAACCCUGAUGACAUCAACAACACCACUACUGAGGAUGACUUCACCAGUGGGUACCCCAGUGAAAGAAGCACUUCAGAAAGUUACAUCUUCUACACCCACUUUCCGACUGCAUACCCCACCGAAGACCAAGACAGGCCCUCAGUGUCCUACUCCCCGGAGGACACCCCCGCCACCACUCAGCUACUAAUGCAAGUCACCACAACAGGUACGGAUUCAAAUAUCAUCUCAGCAGGCUGGGCGCCAACUGAAGAAAAUGAAGAUGAAAGAGACAAACACCCCAUUCAUUCUGGAUCAGGCAUUGAUGAUGAUGAAGAUUUUAUCUCCAGCACCAUUUCAACCACACCACGGGUUUUUGACCACUCAACACAGAACCGGGAUUGGAGCCAGUGGAGCCCAGGAUUUUUAAAUCCAGAAGUAUCACUUCAGACAACCACAAGGAUGACUGCCUCAGCUCAUGACACCCAUCCAAAUCAAAGAACGACAACACCGAGUCAAGAGGACAGUUCCUGGACUUAUUUUUUGGACCCAAUCUCACAUCCAAUGGGACAAGGUCAUCAAACAGAAAGAAGAAUGGAUAUGGACUCCAGCCAUAGUACAACACUUCAGCCUUCUGCAGAUUCAAACACAGGUUUGGUGGAAGACCAGGACAGGACAGAACCUCUUCCAGUGACAACUCAGCAGAGUCAUACUCAGAUGUUCUCUACAUCACAUGGAGGCUUGGAAGAAGAUACAGACCAGUCAAUGAUGUCCACUCCAACAUCUAGCAAUAGGCAUGAUGGCGGAGGUGGAAAUCUUCCUGAAGACCCAGCUACUUCAGUGGAAGGUUAUACUCCUCAUUCCCCAGACACAAAGGAGUACACAACCCUCAUCCCAGUGACCCCUGCUAACACUGAGUCCCCUGGAGUUACUGAAGUUACUGCUGGAGAUUCCAAUGUUAAUGUUGAUGGUCGAUUGCCAGAAGAUCGAGACCCCAGCGGGAGGCACCAUACCACUAAAGGAUCUGAAUCAACUGGACACGCCAGUGGGAGUCAAGAAGGUGGGGUCAGCACGACCUCGGGUCCUAAGAGGAAACCUCAAAUUCCAGAGUGGCUGAUCAUCUUGGCGUCCCUCCUGGCCCUGGCUUUGAUUCUCGCAGUUUGCAUCGCGGUCAACAGCCGAAGAAGGUGCGGGCAGAAGAAGAAGCUGGUGAUCAAUGGGAAUGGAGCUGUGGAGGACAGAAAGCCAAGUGGACUCAACGGGGAGGCCAGCAAGUCUCAGGAGAUGGUGCAUUUGGUGAACAAGGAGUCAGCGGAGACCCCAGACCAGUGUAUGACAGCCGAUGAGACGCGGAACCUACAGAACGUGGACAUGAAGAUUGGGAUGUAACACCUAUACCAUGACCUUGGAUAGAAAUCACACAUAACCAUUACAGGGAGCUGGGACACUCACAGAUGCAAUGUGCUACUGAUUAUUUCAUUGGUUUUUUUGUUUUGUUUUGUUUUGUUUUUUUUAGCAUAACAUUUUCUACUCCUUUUUGUUUAUUGUGCUUUGUUUUUUGAAGUCAGUACAAUUUAUAAAAACAGCAUUGCUUUCUGAAAUGAGGGCCCAAUUAUAACAAUCGGCAAGAUUUUGACGGUUUUCAGUUCACACCUAGAAGCCACCCACUCCCUGGGGUGUGCUAGGAUGGCAUCUAACAAAAGCCAUAAAUGCAUCUUUCUGAUCCUCAACCUUCCCUCCACCCCACCUCCCAGGUGACCACCACAUGCUAAGGACAUCCCCCCAGAGCUAAGAGGAAUUGGUUCCUGAAAGGAAGUCUGAAUGAGUUCAUAUUGUCCAUCCAGGGGCCCAGUCCCUAGGCAUUGCUUUCCAUGGGGGUAGGGGACUGGGAUGUACUGGUUAUACAUCCCUUUCUACAGAUACCCUGGAAAUUUUCCCAAUGCUAUUGAGAAUGCCCAAAGGGUCAAGCUAUUUAUCUGUAGUAAGCUAUUUAUCUCUGUUUUUGAAAUAUUAAACCCUGGAGGUCCUGUGAUUAGUAUGAUUUUUUUGUUUUGUUUUGUUACUUUGUCAGAGGCAUAAAAAGGGUUUAAGUUGAUUCAUAAUAAACAUCUGUACUUCUUCCACUUUUA